AUGUUUCACUCUUUCAUAUAUACUGCUAAUCUGGACCCACCAUGCGACUCGCAAACCAGUGCGACAUACUUGUUUGAUCAUGCAGAUCUUGAGAUCAUUUCCGCCGAGCUCCUAGGAAUAAUCGCUUGCUCUAAACAACAAGAUGCACUGGGUCAGGAAUCCCUGGGCAUUGAUAAGGCCAGGCAACUAUUCACCCCUUUUAACAUCGCCAAAUUUAUUAGAGCAUUCUUCGACAAUCCAUUUCACACUCACUACAUUACUCCGGCCGCAUUCAGCUUGAACAAAGCCUCAAAUCUUCUUGUUCUCACAAUUGUGCUACUAGGUGCAGUUUACAAUAAACCUUACCGCUCAGAUGAUUUGGCAACAUACUCAAAUAUCACUGAACACUUAGUAUUUGAAGGACCAUCUUUUAAGAAGCUGUUAGAUGGAAAUCGUGAAUCCCUUGAGUUUGGUGACACCCUGGAAACCCUUCAAGCUGCAAUGCUUGUUGUUAUUCUGCAGUCCUAUAAGGAAAGUCCUGAUAGCAUACGACGCAUUCGCUUGCAACGCAUGCCAACUAUCUUUACUGCCAUUCGUAUGCUCGAGUUGAAUAAGAUUACGAAUGACUGUAUUCCUGGAGUUUCAGACUGGGACACAUAUCUUCUCCGUGAGAGUCUUGUCAGAGUCAUGGCGGGCAUCUACCUGCUGGACUGUUAUUGUGUUAUCUUCUUUCGCUAUCCUACCCUUCUGAGACUCGAUGAGAUAGCUUUUGAAAUACCACAACGGGAUGACCUAUUCCAUGCUCACAACGCCACUGAAUGGGAGGAACUAUCAUUGAAAGAUCAGAAGCCCCACGUACCAUUACGAUUGCGGGCCGUUCUCCACGACUUCAUGAGGCCCGAAGGCGAACCUCCUCAACACGGGGAAUAUUUUCCAAAUACUAUAUUCGGAUCAUUUCUUGUUCUUUCCGCGAUACAAUGUGUACUAUUUGACCUGUUAGCGCUGCACACAUUCAUGAAUGACAUCCGAGUCUUUGAACCGGUGGAACGUGCAUUGGAUCGGUGGAAGAUCCACUGGGACUCAUUGUACCAAGGGAUUGAACCAGGUACUGCCAAGCGAGCCGGAUUCAUUAUCCAUGCCGCCGAAUUCUGGUGUGUCGCCAAGGCGCUCGUAAAGCACCCAUCUGCUGCGUGGCCUGAAGACAGCAAGGAUACGUUGGAUACGACACAAAGCUUUCGUCGUCUGGUGGACAGGUUGAUGUCUGAUGAUGAUACUGCAAAAGUAGUUUAG